GACAAUUUAUUUGGUGAAAUUUGUAAUGUAACAGACGAUUUUUUUGAAAAAGUCAAAACCUACAGAAUUUCACAAGGAAUAAUAUAUUGAAAAAGGUACUGCUGGAAAGAGAACAAUCUCUGCUAUCCAUAUAUAUACGUCAAAGUAUGGGAAAAAUAACUAGAAAUAUUAGAAAAUCAAAGAAAACAGUUUCAGGGCUGUUUGAUGCAUGACCGUGUUAUCCUGCAUAGCAUUUAAUAUAGAUAGCUUACUUUUUCAUUGCAUUGAUAUAACAAAGACAGGUUAACGAUUAACAAACGAUGUUCACUCAACAAUUUCACUUUAUAAACAGAUUCUUUCCCUUAUAUAAAGAGGGCUUAGGGUAAGUCUCUACAUCGUUAAGUAAAGUUAUUUUUAUACAAUUAUUAUAAUCAAAUAAAUUACCACGAGAACGGAUGAAAGUAACCUUUUGUAACAAUCGUUUAAGUAGGGAUGUGAUAUUUAGAAAUGGCAUAUGACAUUAAAAUAACCAAUUUAUUUGAUUGACAAUUUCGUACUGUUUGCAUGAAGAUUCUCAUAGUCCACGACGAUACUCAUAGGUCCUGGUUACUGCGUUAAAAUGGAUAUUCUAAAAGUUGUGUGUUUGAUGUUUUUCAUUGCACAUGUGUAUGGAACUGGAACUGUUAAAGACAGAGGUCGUCUUUAUAAUGACCUUCUAACAUCCUACCAGAAAGAGUUGAUGCCGGAUGGGGAAAACGGUGGACCUGUUGUGGUAUUUCACUCUCUUAGCAUACAGAGAGUUGUCGCUCUGGAGCACGGUAUUUUGACUCUGCAAGUCUGGGAACAUUUGCAGUGGAAUGACCCUAGACUACGAUGGGACAGCGAGGACUAUAAUAUUAGGAUAUUGCAGCUGCCAAGCAGGCAUAUUUGGCAGCCAGAUGUCGUGCUUUCUAACAGCGCAGAGCAGUACACCGGCUUCCCUUCUGGAGAUGUGCAUGUUCACCUCUACAACGACGGGAACGUGACAUUCAUACCUCCGAGAAUCACAAAGUCCGUCUGCCAUUUUGACGACAGUGCCUUGUAUGAGAACAACGAAGUCACCUGCACUCUGAAGUACAUGUCCUGGACACGUGCCCUUAACAGUUUGGAUCUUCGGAUUGAUGUUCAUGCUCGGCCCGAAAUAGUCCACAAUACAAACCCAAAUUGGAAUGUUGUAGAAACAAGUGUUGAGAGGAACGUCAUCACGUAUGCCUGUUGUCCAGAUUUGUAUGUAGACGUCAAUGUCAUUGUUUCGGUGAAUGAAGUUUAUGCGGGGGAAAGUUGUUAUGGGUCUUUAAAGACAACGAAACGGACAAUUGGCUUCUUUAAAAAGACACCAAAACGCAUGGACUGUAUGUCAGGCUAA